CGAAGAUCAUACACCACCAGAAACAGCAAGCUCCCUAGCAUUCCCGAAGAUAAAGCAGAAGACCCACGCUCCGACUCAGAUGAAGCUGACCACGACAACGACCACGACCAAGGAGAUCUUCGCAGCGACGAGGCUGCAGAGAUAGCAGAGGCAGUGAUGACCAUGAUUAGGAGAGGCACGGACGCGGUUCUGCCCCAUCUCCUCGGCGUUUACGAGAAAUACUUUGGGACAGCUUUUGGGCUCGCUUUGGUUCACAAGUUGAUGGCACCUGAC